CGAAAUUUGGCGUCGUUGGCACCUUUGACAGUGCAAAAGAUCCUUCAUCCCACUCCGCCGGACUUCUUUUUAAUUGCCAUAUCUCUCUCGCGCGCGAUCUCUGGUGAACUUUCCAAAGUUCUCGAUCGCCAUGGGAGAAACCACCCCUCCUCCACCUCCUUCUCGCCGCAUUUCCGUCCACCAGCUCCUCGGCGGCGGCUCAGUGGCCGAUGUUCUGUUAUGGCGGAGAUGGGGCGCGAGCUUGACGUUGUUAAUCGUUUCGUCGACCUCGUGGUAUCUAUUCGAGCGAGCGGGAUACAAUUUCCUGACGUUCAUGGCGAAUGUGCUGUUCCUCCUCGUUCUGAUACUCUUCCUGUGGGCGAAAUCUGCUUCUCUUCUCAAUCGGCCGCUGCCGCCAAUUCCUGAUCUAGAAAUAACUGAGGAGACUGUUGACAGAGUUUCUCAAGUUGUUCAAGUUUAUGUGAACCAUGUACUGGCAGUUGGAUGUGACAUUGCAAUUGGUAGGAAUUUGAAAGUCUUCUUACAGAUCUCUUUUGUCUCGUGGAUCGUGUCUUACGUUGGUAGCCUCUGCAGUUUCCUUACUUUUGCGUAUGCUGGGAUUCUUCUCAGUCUUUCGAUCCCAGUGGUGUAUGACAAAUUCCAGCACCAGAUUGAUGAAAAGUUGGUUGUAGCACAGAGAAUACUUGAAGCUCAGCAAAGGAAAAUUGAUGAGACCCUUCUGAAGAAGCUUCCGCGGCCAUCACAGAAAGAAAAGAAGGUUCAAUAGGUAAAUGCUUCCUAUGCAUCACUCUUUCCCCCCUCUCCUACGCUUUCAAGUUCCCAUGUCUACCUUAUUGAUAUAAUGAUAUGUGAACUCGCCCUAUAACAUUUUCUUGGUAGUUGAUCCCAGUAUUGACCGUGGCCUCAAUUUCUCACAAGGUCAUUAAUCUUUCAGAAACCAUGAUCACGUUCUACUCCGCAAAGUUUUUAUUUGGUUAAUUUUGCUUUGGUCUUGAUUUGUCGUUUGAAGUUUUCAGCCCAUAGUCGAUAUCUAGGUGUGAGCUUUACCUCCUACCUGUAUGCUCAUGUUCUGUACUGUCGGUGUUUAGGGAUCAUUGUCAUCUGUUUCUAUAGAUCUCUUUGCAUAGAAAAGAUCAUUGUCCAUUUCUGCAACUUGUUCUGUCCAUGCCGACCAUAUCUUAUCUGCCUGGAAGGGGACCUUUUUGGGGCCUCCGGGGGAAGAAGAGGAGUCUGUUUUGGGGGUGUGGCAAUGAAUUUUAAUCACAUUGGUUUUCUAUGAAAAUUAAUUAUGAGCACCAGGAUUUAAUUAUGUCUACUGUCCCAUUCAAUGACCCUUGCAUUGGAGGUUGUCUGAUAGCUAAAAUCCUUAGAAUUAUCAAGUGUGGCUGAGGAUUCUCAGCUUGUACUUACAGGCUCUCUUACUCAUAGUUGUCUCCCUCCACUUUUAAUGAUGUAGCCAUUCAGUGAACUAGUUGAUAGAGUCAACAUAAGCACAGAGGCAAGGCAAUGAUAUGCUAUGCGUUAUGCUUAAUUUCCAAAGAUUAGUUCACUUUGAUACGUUAAUCCAAGCCUCUCUCACUCGACAAACGCUUCAUCAUCAUCAUCUUGGGCAUUUUCAGGUACUAGAGGUUUUGAACGCGGUUGCAGGCUCUUAUGUGCUUGGGAACGUCUUCGUGCUAGCUUCUGCAAAAGGUCAAAUAGCUAUAGGGAAUGCAUAGUUUCAGUGUUGCCUCUUCUCUUUCUCCUUUUGUCCCUCCAUCUUCCACAGAAUCUAACUGCUAGAUCUCGGAUUCUUGUUCGUUCAUGUAGUUCAAUGGCACGGGUAUCUUUUCCGGUAGAUUGCAUUGAUGGCUUUGAGAGGGAAGAUGAGAAACAGUUGCUUUGUUUUGUUAGCUGUGGCGUUAGGCAGUGAGGUCCCAGUUUGUAAAUGAUCCAAUUUCUUUGGCUGAACGAGGUUGCUACUUUGCUUAUAGUACUCAAGAGUUUGUAACGUCGAGAUCUCGGUAUUCCUUUCAUAGUUGAUCUGCUAAGGAUAGCUUCUGUUUGUCGUUAUGCGAAUCUCCAUCAUUUGUUUGAAACAGUUAUAGAAUCUACAAUAUCAUGGCAUCAACUUGGACCGAUGCUCCAGGAAUGCUUGUUGAAGCCGGCUUCGAAAAUCUCGAAAAAUUAUGCAGAGUCAAAAAUUGUUGUGCGUCGAUCGUAUAGUUGAGCGCAAAAUUAUGACCGUUUGAAGUUCCCUGCAGUUGGCCAUGAUUUUGAAGGGUAGAUCGUGUCUCUGGACAACCAUUUGUGUAGAUCGCAUAAGUAGAAGCGAUCUGGGCAAGAUCAUCUCUGGUGUCCAGCGGGUCAGUAUCGAAAUCGCUUAACAUUGCAGCUAACCACACCACCAUAGUGUGUUUUGUGAUAUUUUAGUCCAAGUGUAGAAUGCUGAACAUUUAUUUAUUAACUCCUGUAUUUUGGGGGGGAAAUCCGCAGACAAGGCCAUCCGAAACCCGGUGGAAGAAGCUUUGGACAAACGCCAAUCCAUUCAGCAGCAGGAGAAAAGCUUUCAACUUCAGGAGGGUUCAGAAGCUGAUAGAUUAGUAAUCUUUUUAUUCUCUCUUCAGUUACCUCGUGCACUUCACGCUGCUUCAGUUGCUUUCACUCUUUACCACCACAAUGGCCGCAAUCUUGUCCUGCCUCCAACACAAAACAUUCC